GAUUCAGCUGCAGUUGCUGAGCUGAAUUACUCACCCGAGGGUAUUAUGGUCAUUCCGUAUUCUCCACCGUGCGAGACAUAACCGCCGGUCUGCGGGAACACUAAACACACACUCACAUAGUACACAGCGCCCUAGCGGAAGAAGAGCUCCGACGGCUCCGCCACCUCCGACCGGAGAAAAUGUUAACCCUGUCUUCGACCGAGUUGAAUUACCUCAUUUUCCGUUAUUUUCACGAAUCAGGUUUUACACAUUCCGCUUUUGCAUUGGGAUGUGAAGCAGGAAUAGACAAAAGCGAUAUUAAUGGCAAUAUGGUUCCACCUGGAGCUCUUAUUACCUUCGUGCAAAAAGGAAUUCAGUUCCUAGAAAUAGAAGCAAACAUAAGUAGCGUAAGCAAACUUGUUCCUUGAUCUCAUAUAAUUUGUAUUUGGACCUCUUCCUGAGUUGAUUGUUAUAGAAAUCUUCAGGUUGAUCUAGAUGUGGGUGGAGAUUUUCAAUUUAUAAAACCUUUAGAUCUUAUUACGAAGGACGCAGAUGAGCUGCAAAAGAUGAUUAAAGAAAAGAGAGAAAAUCUUCAAAGAGAUAAGGCUAGGGGAAAGAGUAAAAAUAUUGAAAAUGACCGUGGACAUGAGAAUGUGCCUUUGAAAGGAAAAGAAAAGGAGAGACGACAAAGGGAGGUAGUUCAAGGAAGGGAGAAAACAGAUAAGGACAGAGAAAGAGAUAAGGCCAAAGACAAAGAGAAGAUACAUCAGGCUUCUGCGGAGAAGAAACUGGAUGGAGAUAAGAUAGGCUCCAGGCAUGAUAAAAAUGGGCAUCAUGAAGGACCCGAACCCAUGGACAUUUGCACAAGUGCUGCAUCCUUGCCUCUUGAAAUCCCAAGUUCUGAUGUUAUGGUUUUACAGGGUCAUUCAUCUGAGGUUUUUGCCUGUGCAUGGAGUCCAGAUGGUUCACUUCUUGCAUCUGGUUCCGGAGAUUCUACUGCUUGUAUCUGGUCGGUAGGAGAUCGAACAAGUAGCUCUUCCAUGCAAAAUGGUCCUCCAAACGUCUUGGUAUUGAAGCAUGUGAAAGCUAGGACAAAUGAGAAAAGCAAGGAUGUCACAACGCUGGAUUGGAAUAGUGAAGGAACAUUACUUGCCACCGGUUCUUACGAUGGGCAAGCAAGAAUCUGGGGUAGAGAUGGGGAAUUGAAAAGUACUUUAAACAAGCAUAAAGGGCCAAUCUUCUCUUUGAAAUGGAACAAGAAAGGUGAUUAUUUACUUAGUGGUAGUGUGGAUAAAACUGCGAUUGUGUGGGAUGUGAAGACUUUCGAAUGGAAGCAACAAUUUGAAUUUCAUUCAGCCCCUACACUUGAUGUUGAUUGGCGAAGUAAUGUUUCAUUUGCAACAUGCUCUACUGAUACCAUGAUAUAUGUCUGUAAAGUCGGGGAGAACCGACCAGUCAAAACUUUCUCCGGGCAUCAGGGUGAAGUAAAUGCAAUUAAAUGGGAUCCCACAGGUACACUAUUAGCCUCAUGCUCUGAUGAUUUUACUGCCAAGAUCUGGAGCACGAAACAUGACACCUGGCUGCAUGAUUUAAGGGAGCAUACCAAAGAGAUCUACACUGUCAGAUGGAGCCCUGCAGGACCGGGUACAAACAAUCCCAACCAACCAUUGAUGUUGGCCAGUGCUUCCUUUGACUCAACAAUAAAGAUAUGGGAUGUGGAAGUUGGGCGUUCUGUCAAAAACUUGAUCGGACACGGGGAUGCUGUAUAUUCUGUUGCAUUUAGCCCUGAUGGCCAGUAUCUAGCUAGUGGGUCCUUGGAUAAAUGCGUCAAUAUAUGGUCUGUGAAGGACGCAAAGAUUGUCAGAAAAUACACCGGCAAUGGGGGCAUCUUUGAGGUCUGUUGGAACAAUAAAGGCGACAAAAUUGCUGCUGGUUAUGCGAACAACAGCGUCUGCAUCAUUGACUUCCGGAUGUAGAGGUGAAGAAAAAAUAUGGUUAUUGCUAGUGACAUAGUCUAGGUAUUUAAUUUGAAAAGAUCUUUCAGUUUUAUUAGGUUGCAUUCAGGGAGCCAUAGGUGUAGCCGUAAUGCUACCAUCAAGUUAUUGCAAUGGCUUGAGGUGUAUAGAUUAAUGACCUUGGUCAUAUUUGUCCUGCAUUUUCAUAUGCUGCAAGUUUAUCGAAAACUAUAUGUUAACUAGGACGUAGUGUAGCUGUUUUUGGACAAUUGGUUCUGACUAAUGAAAAGUUUACGUUUUCAGAACCAAAAUAUAUUUAACAAUUUGCAUUUCAACCAGAUAUGCACCUUACAUUAUGGCUGCAAUGACAUAUGAAAAAAAUAAACCUAUUUUAAUUCUGCUAGCGUCCAUCAGUAAUGCAUGAUAUAAGUGUACAAAAUUUCAUUCCAAACGUCAGGAAUUCCUGGGAGACACCAGUGUAUACAAUCUGCAUAACUCUUUGGGUCUGCUAAUUGGUCUUUUGUCAAAGGAUUCCAUGGUUUUCUGUAGAUGGAUGGAUGACCAUCUUUCCGGUAGUCAGAUAAUUGCGUGAUAUCUAGGUAUUCCAUCUUCAACCCUCUUGACUCCAGCUUACUGAUCACUUCUUUGGCAAUGCGUAUUAUCUCAGGGUCUGUACCGCUUCCCCUAUAUCCUUCUUCCAUGACAGGUUCCGUCUCGUUGUAACAGAAUUGAUCUGCUGUCGAUCCCCAGUCUCGGUUUCUACAACAUGUUUGCAUCAUAGCUAUGAAGAUCCAUAGAGAAGGUUAGAGUUUAAAUGUUCAAAAAAGCAGUGCGGGAUGGUUUAUCUUACAGAAGAUGAAAAGGUGACAAACUCAUGAAGUAGAGCUUUGUCUUUGUCCUGUUGACAUUUAGCUCUAGCCAAUCUGACAAUGUCUGUAAAGCCAUCUGGUAGGGGCGCCGCCCCAUGUUCGAGUCUACCUUUUUGUAGAAUCCGUCAGAGCUGUUAAAUGAUCCCC